GGGGAAGGAAAACGGUUACGGAACACCACUAGACAUAUUUCCGCCAAUAACAAACCUGCUAGCUUGAAGCAGGCUAAGUGUAUUGUUUGUGUUUGUCAUGCCAAGUGUGUCAAAACAGUGAGGUAAUGGUCAUUUUGAAGGUGGUUGAAUAGAAAACAUCCAGCUUAGUAUCACACAAAUGCCACAAUGGAUCAGUACACACUGCAGAUUUGCAAAAGGAAGAUGUUCUCAGUGUCUCACAAGACGGUCUUUGUGGUGGACCACUGUCCCUACAUGGCAGAGUCAAGUCGUCAGCAGGUGGAGUGUGAUGUGUUGACAAAGAGUCGAGCUCAAGGGGUUAUUCCUUUGGCCCCUGUGUCCAAGUCCCUGUGGACCUGCGCUGUGGAGUGCUCCAUGGAGUACUGUCGGAUCCUCUACGAUAUUUAUCCAAGGGACAAACUGGUUAAUUACAUUGUGAGUGAUUCAGAGUUCCACAUCUUGAACAGUUGGAAGCAGGAAGACCAGAGCACUCAUGAGCUCAUGUCAGCUCUGGCAGCUGUUGGGCCACCUAACCCACGUGAGGACCCCGAGUGUUGCAGCAUCCUGCAUGGUCUGGUUUCUGCAGUGGAGUCGUUAUGCAAGAUCACAGAGCUGCAACACGAGAGACGCACCACUCUGAUGGACACCGCUGAGAGAGUUGCCAAUAGGGGUCGUAUUAUCUGCCUAACCAAUGCUAAAAGCGAUACUCAUGUGCGCAUGUUGGAAGACUGCAUCCAGGAAACCAUUUUAGAACAAAACAAGCUGGCAGCAGGCUCAGACAGGCUGAUGGCCAUCCAACAGUGUGACCUGGUUCUAGUUCACAUCCACCCACAGGGGGAGGACACGCUGGUGUCUGAUCGACCGAAGAAAGAGAUCUCCCCUCUGCUCACCAGCGAGGUUCACAGUGUUCGUGCAGGGCGGCACCUGGCCACCAAACUCAACAUUCUGGUCCAGCAGCACUUUGACUUGGCCUCCACCACCAUAACAAACAUCCCCAUGAAGCCCACAUUAAAUGUUUGCGACCAGGAAGAGCAGCAUGCCAACACAUCAGCCAAUUACGAUGUUGAGCUCCUGCAUCACAAAGACGCUCACCUGGAGUUCUUUAAAAGCGGAGACUUGCAUAUGGCUGGCACCAGCACUCGAGAAAAUGGACUUAAAGAGACGAUUACACUGAAAUGGUGCACUCCACGAACCAACAGCAUAGAACUGCAUUACUGUACAGGAGCCUAUCGCAUCUCCCCCACAGACGUAAACAGUCGCCCCUCGUCAUGUUUGACAAACUUUCUCCUUAACGGUCGAUCGGUGCUGCUGGAGCAGCCGAGGAAGUCAGGGUCAAAAGUCAUCAGCCACAUGCUCAGCAGCCACGGAGGCGAGAUCUUCCUGCACGUGCUCAACAGCAACCGCUCUACACUUGAGGAUCCGCCCUCCAUCAGCGAGGGCUGUGGAGGCAGAGUGACAGACUACCGCAUCACUGACUUUGGUGAAUUUAUGAGAGAGAACCGGCUCACUCCUGUUUCAGAAUCUUCCCACGAUCCCUCGGGGAAGCUGCCAGCUGAGAGGGCCAAAGCUCAGCUGGAACGUCACACUCGAUACUGGCCGAUGAUCAUCUCCCAGACCACCAUUUUCAACAUGCAGGCAGUGGUUCCUUUAGCUAACCUGAUAGUGAAAGAGUCUUUGUCGGAGGAAGACGUUCUGACCUGCCAGAAGACGGUUUACAACCUGGUAGACAUGGAGAGGAAGAACGACCCUCUCCCUAUUUCCACUGUGGGAUCCAGAGGCAAAGGCCCCAAGAGAGACGAACAGUAUCGUAUCAUGUGGAACGAGCUGGAAACAUUAGUGAAAACUCACGCCGGAGACACUGACAGACACCAGCGGGUACUGGACUGCAUCAUCGCCUGCCGCAGCAAACCCCCCGAGGAGGAGGAGAGGAAGAAAAGAGGGAGGAAGAGGGAGGAGAGGGAAGACAGGACGGAGAAAAAUGGCAGCAAGGAAACGGACGACAAAAGCUGGCAGGACUCGGAGAGACUAAAGGGUUUGCUGGAUAAAGAAGAUCAGGAGUCAGAGGUGAUCAAGGAUUCCCCGGACUCUCCAGAGCCGCCCAACAAGAAGCCGCGCCUGUCCACAGAGGAGGUUCAGCCCCCAGAGAGAGCAAAAGGUCCCGUCUCGCUCCUCACCAUGUGGACCAAUCGCAUCACUGUAGCCAAUUCCAGGAAGCACCAAGAGUUUGUUGGAAGAGUGAGCUCCAUCAACAACAAGUUUGAGUUGUACCAGCAGCUCAAAGACGAGAAUGGGAUGGAUGUUCAUGAAAACGGCAAGGCCUCCAGAUGAUGUUUCCACAGAUACAUUGCUUCACCCCUGCCAAGGAUGAGAUUGUGGACCACAGUGUUUUUCAGACUUUGGUGCCUAUACUCCCAAGGCAAGGACAUCAAAUAAAAUAGACAGUGAACUCUUAACGAGGAAUUUAUAAAAAUUUUUACCCAUGAUUUUGUAGAUAUGCUGUUCAUAUAUUGUGUAACACAAUAAAGCUGUCAAUAGAGAA